UGCGCAUUUCGGGACAUCCCCAAGGUCUCAGGCUCUCGCCAGCUCAUCCUCUACCUCCACCUCCCCCCUCUCCCCACCCUCUGCCGCUACCUCUUCAGCACCUCCGUGUGUCGACCAACCAUGGCCAUCGAAAAGAGCUUGCCCGGCCAGAAGGGAGUCAACUGGUCUAAUAUUGCUGUCGGCGCGAUCAUGAACAUGUUCGAGGUCACGACAUUAGGACAGCCCCUUGAGGUCUUGAAGACUCAGAUGGCAGCAAACCGGUCACAAUCCAUGUUCCAGGCUGUCCAGACAGUAUGGAGCCGUGGAGGCGUGCUGGGAUUCUACCAGGGACUCAUCCCAUGGGCAUGGAUUGAAGCGUCGACAAAGGGUGCAGUGCUCCUCUUCACCGCUUCGGAGGUUGAGAGCAAGGUGGUGGGCCUUGGGAUGAGCCCAGGAGCAGCUGGUCUGAUUGGCGGCAUGACGGGUGGUGUCGCGCAGGCCUACGCGACCAUGGGCUUCUGCACAUGUAUGAAGACCGCAGAAAUUACGCGGCACAAGCAGGCUGCAUCUGGUGUCAAGCCGCCUUCGACUUGGGUCGUCUUCAUGGACAUCUACCGCCGGGAAGGUGUCAAGGGCAUCAACAAGGGUGUCAAUGCUGUCGCUGUGCGGCAAAUGACCAACUGGGGAUCUCGGAUGGGUUUCGCGCGGUUAGCGGAGACUAGCAUCAAGAAGUUCAAGGGCAAGGGUGAGAACGACAAGUUGACGGCUCUCGAGAAGAUCGCCUCGUCGUCAAUAGGUGGCGCGCUUGCAACAUGGAACCAGCCCAUCGAAGUCGUACGAGUAGAGAUGCAAUCUAUGGCGAAGUCGGCCAACCUGGACCCCAAGCGCCCCCAGAAGGCCACUAUCCUCAGCACUCUCCAAUACGUCUACAGGGAGAAUGGUCUGAAGGGUCUCUACCGUGGCGUGACACCCCGUAUUGGCCUCGGCAUCUGGCAGACAGUGUGCAUGGUCUCGUUCGCGGACUAUGUCAAAAUCUGGAUGAAAGGCACGUAAACGUGCAUGCUGCCAGUAUGUAUUGGAUUAGAUACAUUGGACCCCUCGCUUCACGGGCGGAUGUCAAUGCCGAUUUAUUGCUACGAUACUUACUCACAUAUUCAUGCUUCAAUUGGAUUGCUUUCUCCAUGGAGGACUCCUGCAUCCAACGUCGGACAUACACUUACUCAAUACUCGGUCAUAUGCAAAUUCUCAGUACGUGCCAUGCUUCUCGAAUCCCACGCGACCAUUACACGGGGUCCGAGAAGCUCAGGCAGGAAGCA